ACAGACGCAACUUCCUGACGAGCCUCCGUCACUGAGCCGCACAUUCCCACCGAGCAGCCGGAUGCUGCUGCAGGACGGAGCCGCUCCAGCAUCAAUUACAUGCGCAGUCCUGCCGCGAGCCACACAUCACCACGGCAACCGGCGAUCACACCGAGACGGCACCGGUGAUCCGAGUCCAUCCGCGUUUCUCGAUCCAUCCGGGAAUUUUGAGGCACCCAAGCAGCUAUGGUGAAGCUGGGCAGCAAUCUGUCAGAUAAGCUGGAGAAGCAGCCGUCUGCGGACGAUGGCUUUGAUAAUAUUCCCCUCAUCACACCCCUGGAGGUCAACCAGCUCCAACAGUCAUUCGCAGACAAAGUCGUUGUGAAGACGUCAACACAGUACCAGCUGCAGCAGCAGAAGAAGAACAAGCUGUAUGUUCCCAACAUUAAGAAGCUGAAUAUCAACUUCUACAGUGAUGUUUCUGAGAAAGCCAAGAUCACAGGUCUGAUCCUCAUUACUUUGGCUUUCUUGACCAGCCUGCUCCUUCUGCUCAUGUACAAAACCAUGUGGUACGACCAGCUUACCUGCCCAGAGGGUUUCAUCCUUAAGAAGCACUGCACCCCUGCAGCUCUGGAGAUGUACUACACAGAGCAGCAGCAGCAGGAGCCCGGCAUCCACAGCGACACCAACACCGGCCUGUACGCCGCUCUCAGCCACCUCAACCAGGUCAAGAGGACUGAGGCUGAGUUGCCGUCGCCAUGGUUACCGGUCAUCAGCGCUCUGAAGGAGGCCGAGGUAGCCAAACAAGGCAGCGAGCCGCUUAAAGGAGCGCUGGAGGGAGAAAAGUGAAGGAGUGAAUGGAAACGUGGGUGUUAGAGGAGAAAACGACAAUGGGGAUGUAGUGUGUGUUAUGUUUCCAUCUGUGUGUGUGUGCGUGUGUGUGUGUGUUAAGAUUUAUUUUUCUCCUCCCAGGCGGCCCGUUGAAUCACUUGUUAAUACUGGUGCUUCAAAAGAUCUGAAUAACUACUGACAAUUCAAAUCAGUAAUCUAAGUGUGUGUGUUUGUGUGUGAAUUGUUGUGGUCGAAAGCAGGAAUGUGCGUCAGUUUUACAGUGUUACCGAGUCAUGACCGAAGUCUGCCAUCUGGAUCCUGUGUGUGCUUUGUAAAUACUGUACACUCUAAAUACUUACAUACAUAUGAGCACAUACGUCCGGUAUGCACAUCUGCAUUAAUAUGCAGUGUGUGUGUGCGCAUACGCUGUGUUAAAAUGUGUGCUUGUCUGCAUAAAGUGAGAGACGAGAAACGAGGCGAAAACUCACAGUGAGAAGUGAAGAUAACAAGUUUUUAAUGAGUUUUUCUCAUCACUUUAUCUUGCCAUCUCUUCAUUUAGUCUUCGAGCAGAAUUUAUGAAAUCAUUACUGAAUGUGCUCACCGUUUAAUUCUGAAGAAAUUUCAAUUUUUCCCCCUCUUACUGUCUCUUGACUCUAAAUUGCCUGGAUUUUGUCAAGUUCUAGUCAGAGGAAAAUUAAUUGUUAAAAUAUAUGUCAAAACCUACAAUUUCCUAAAAAUGGAUUUUAUUUAAACAAUCAAUGUGGGUGACUAUUCAGAAAAGGUAUAGAAUCCAUGUCCUAUUAAAUAUAUAACACGAAGGGGUGCCGAUAUUUUCUCAGUAUGAGUACUCAUUUAUGUUUCAUUACAUUGUAAGCAACUAAUUUUAAUUAUUUGCACAACUUGAGAACUUUAAUUGUACUAUUAACAACAAGGUAACUGUGAACAUGAGCCAAGUAAGAUCCAUUCUCGUUGUUUUUUGCUGUUAUUAAUUCACUUUGUUAUUCAUGUACCUGUAUGUAUUCUGUAAAACCCUUGUAAAUGUACAGUGUAAUAAUAACGGGAUUAACUCGACAUGAUUCUUAUCUGAAUGUAUGAAGUAGCUGCUCUCAUCAUGCAGUCGAUAGAAUUAGUGCUUAUUAUGUACUACCUAAAAACUUCUAUGGUGUUUACACUUUUACAUUUAGUAUUUAUCUGCACAGUACUUAAUGUCUCUGAGCGGAAAGAUUGUGUUCACAGAUCUUGGAAGUAUGAAGAAUUAUUUUCAAUUCUUUUACAACUUUAAAGGGAGAGAAAAAAAAUCAUGUGAAGUUGAAUUUCCAAAACAGACGCAAAGGUGGCUAAUAAAUAAUGAGACUAAUGCUGUAAUUUUAUCGUAUUUAAUUCAGGUGGUGUGUAACUUUCGGGGGUGUAUUUCUGCUUCCCCUUGGUUCAUGUACUAUAUGGUGUGGUUUGUCCAUAUGCUCUGUGGUUGGACUUGUCAGCCACACCUCACAUGAUGUCUCACACAGACCGGAUAAGUCUUGUAAUUUGUCUUAAUUCGCUCAUUUUGUCUGACCUGCUGUACCUUUUCUCCUCUUUUUUUGGUGUGUUUUUCAAAUGGCAAUAAUCUCAUUUUGGAAAGAAACUCUUUAUGUGAGUAAGACGAAUGUGAGAUCACAGCACAGCUUGUCCCUCCGGGUUCAGAUGCCAAACAUUGACAUCAGGCCCAUCUGCUCUGAUGUCACCGACCGAACAGAAAUAAAUGACUGGAGUGUUGAGCUCUCUCAUUCACAACCAGCCCUCUUUGCCUCUAAUGACCUGAAUUAAUGAUUUGAAAGGACAGAUGGAGUUUUGCUGUUUGGAUUUUUAACCGAAGCCAUUCGUGAGGGCUGAUGGUUAGUAGUUACUUUGCCGAACAAGAUUCAACAGAACAUCACAGAUUCACUCAAUUAUCAACCUUGAAAAGCACAAUUACGACACAGAAAAUAGGAAAAAGUAGUUUUUUAUUAUAUAAGAGUCCUUUUAAUGUGUUUCCAAGUUGGAUAGAACAUGAUUUAUGCUACAGUACAUCAUAGUAUAACUACACUCUCUGUGAUCUGAGAGGGCAAAUAUUGUAGUUUUUACUCAACAUUGUCUUAUUUGAAUACUUACUUUGAUUUUACGUAUAAAGCAUUGUAAAUGUGAUGCAUUGUUAUAGGUUUGGUUAUCUGACAUGUAUGAAAAUGUUAAUAUCUGCUCCACCUUGACAUCCAAAAAGAUUAAAUAAAUCAGUAAUAACUAUCAAA